CCCGCCCACCGUCCAAUGCUGAGCUCAGUCUGCGUCUCAUCCUUCCGCCGGCGCCAGGGGGCCAGCAAGCAGCAGCCGGCGCCAACGCCGCAGCCGCCAGAGUCCCCGCCGCCGCCACCGCUGCCGCCGCAGCAGCAGCAGCCUGCGCAGCCCGGCCCCGCCGCGUCCCCGGCGGGCCCCCCGGCACCCCGCGGGCCCGGGGGCCGGCGCGCCGAGCCAUGCCCCGGGCUGCCGGCGGCGGCCAUGGGGCGGCACGGCGGCGGCGGUGGCGACAGCGGCAAGAUCGUGAUCAACGUGGGCGGCGUGCGCCAUGAGACGUACCGCUCGACGCUGCGCACCCUGCCGGGGACGCGGCUGGCCGGCCUGACGGAGCCCGAGGCGGCGGCGCGCUUCGACUACGACCCGGGCGCCGACGAGUUCUUCUUCGACCGGCACCCGGGAGUCUUCGCCUACGUGCUCAACUACUACCGCACCGGCAAGCUGCACUGCCCGGCCGACGUGUGCGGGCCCCUGUUUGAGGAGGAGCUCGGCUUCUGGGGCAUCGACGAGACCGACGUGGAGGCCUGCUGCUGGAUGACCUACCGGCAGCACCGCGACGCCGAGGAGGCGCUCGACUCCUUCGAGGCGCCAGACCCCGCGGGCGCCGCCAACGCCGCCAACGCCGCGGGCGCCCACGACGGAGGCCUGGACGACGAGGCGGGCGCGGGCGGCGGCGGCCUGGACGGAGCGGGCGGCGAACUCAAGCGCCUCUGCUUCCAGGACGCGGGCGGCGGCGCCGGGGGGCCGCCAGGGGGCGCGGGCGGCGCGGGCGGCACGUGGUGGCGCCGCUGGCAGCCCCGCGUGUGGGCGCUCUUCGAGGACCCCUACUCGUCGCGGGCUGCCAGGUAUGUGGCCUUUGCCUCCCUCUUCUUCAUCCUCAUCUCCAUCACCACCUUCUGCCUGGAAACCCAUGAGGGCUUCAUCCAUAUCAGCAACAAGACGGUGACCCAGGCUUCCCCGAUCCCCGGAGCGCCGCCAGAGAACAUCACCAACGUGGAGGUGGAGACGGAGCCAUUCCUGACCUACGUGGAGGGAGUGUGCGUGGUCUGGUUCACCUUUGAGUUCCUCAUGCGCAUCACCUUCUGCCCGGACAAGGUGGAGUUUCUUAAAAGCAGCCUGAACAUCAUCGACUGUGUGGCCAUCCUGCCCUUCUAUCUCGAGGUGGGCCUCUCAGGCCUCAGCUCCAAGGCCGCCAAAGACGUGCUGGGCUUUCUGCGGGUGGUCCGCUUCGUCCGCAUCCUGCGCAUCUUCAAGCUGACCCGGCACUUCGUGGGGCUGCGCGUGCUGGGACACACGCUCCGUGCCAGCACCAACGAGUUUCUGCUGCUCAUCAUCUUCCUGGCCUUGGGGGUGCUCAUCUUCGCCACCAUGAUUUACUACGCGGAGCGCAUUGGCGCUGACCCCGAUGAUAUCCUGGGCUCCAACCACACCUACUUCAAGAACAUCCCCAUUGGCUUCUGGUGGGCCGUGGUCACCAUGACAACCCUGGGCUAUGGAGACAUGUACCCCAAGACGUGGUCGGGGAUGCUGGUCGGGGCGCUGUGUGCCCUGGCGGGGGUGCUGACCAUUGCCAUGCCCGUGCCCGUCAUUGUCAACAACUUUGGCAUGUACUAUUCGCUGGCCAUGGCCAAGCAGAAGCUGCCCAAGAAGAAGAACAAACAUAUCCCCCGCCCCCCGCAGCCGGGCUCACCCAACUACUGCAAGCCUGACCCACCCCCGCCACCCCCGCCCCACCCGAACCACGGCAGCGGGGGCAUCAGCCCGCCGCCACCCAUCACCCCGCCCUCCAUGGGGGUGACUGUGGCCGGGGCCUACCCAGCAGGGCCCCACACACACCCCGGGCUGCUCAGGGGGGGAGCGGGUGGGCUGGGGAUCACGGGGCUGCCUCCUCUGCCAGCCCCUGGCGAGCCUUGCCCGUUGGCUCAGGAGGAGGUGAUUGAGAUCAACCGGGCAGAUCCUCGCCCCAAUGGGGAUCCGGCAGCAGCUGCGCUUGCCCACGAGGACUGUCCAGCCAUUGACCAGCCCGCCAUGUCCCCAGAGGACAAGAGCCCCAUCACGCCUGGAAGCCGUGGCCGCUACAGCCGGGACCGAGCCUGCUUCCUCCUUACCGACUAUGCCCCUUCCCCUGAUGGCUCCAUCCGAAAAGGUUACGAGAAAUCCCGCAGCCUGAGCAGCAUCGCGGGCCUGAGCGGGGUGUCCCUGCGUCUUGCGCCCCUUGCCACCCCCCCUGGCUCUCCCCGGGCCGCCCGCCGCGCGCCCCCGACCCUGCCCUCCAUCCUCUAGCGCUCCCCUCCCCCCUGUGGGGGGACUCGGGGGUGACUGGGAAGAAGGUCAAAGGAGCUGGGGGCGGGGGGUGGGGAAAAGGGUUUUUUAAAAAAAAUCAAAAAGUCAUUAAUAAUAUGCAACCGAGAUGACGAUGCCAGCAGACACCCCCGGGCCCCUCACCCCCAACCUGGGCCCCACCAGGAUGGACAGAGGGGCCACAGCCUGUCCCCCCCGACUCUUCCCCCCCAAAAUAAGCCUUCUCAGGUCUCCAUGAGCCAUAGGACAUACCCCUCCCAUCAACUAGUGUAAAUAGGUCCAAAUUAAGCCAGUUACAUCUUGGGGCCCCUCCCCUGCACACUGCAUGCCUUCCCUAACCUGGAGCCCCCACUCCAAGUCCACCUCAGCAAUAAGCCGCCAGGGGCUGCAUGUGUGGGUUCGAGGGGCAGGCACUCUGGGAAGGGGGCUGGCACCUCCCGGGGGUCCGGAUGGCCUUUUGGGUCUCCAGCCUUCCCAUCCUUCACCCCAGGAGGACCACCAAUCCUGUGUGUUGAUUAGGGGAAAACAAACCAAAAACUAGAACCAACAGAGGGGAAGGAGGAACAGUUACCCAAGCCCCAAAUCGGAGUUGAGCUCAGAUGGAGGGAGGCGGGUCAGGCUUCGGACCUGCUGGCUCAGCCUUUAGGACGAUUCCUCUGGUGAAUUUCACCCUCUCAUCUGCCCCUCCCCCAGGACCUGCUCGCCUCUAUUCUUGCUGCAUGGACUCAGAACUCCUAUCCCAGGAUUCCUGGGAUGAUCUGGCCCUAGCACACGAAAUUCCUCAACUAUCCCCCUCCAUUCCCAGGACAUGAGACCUGCACCCAGAAUUCUGAGACCGACCCUGGCACCCCACAUUCCCCAAACCCCACACGGUCCUGUGACCCUCUGCACACAGAGGCUCCCCCAGUUGCCCUCCCCCCACAGCCCACCACCUCAAACCCUCACAAAUUCCUGAGCUGCAUCCCAGCACUUCUCAAACCUCCAAGACUUGACCCAGCUCUUUUCAGCUCAAAUUCAGCCUUUGGGAUGCUCCAAAAUCUUCCCACAACUGACAUUUCCUGGACACCCCCAAAUCCUCAGGCCUGCUCCCGCCCCCUACAUCCCCAAAGCCCUAAUAGACUUGUCCAGCCCAGGUUCCCUUGACGCUAGAACUUCCAAGAUAGGCCAGCCUGUCUGCAAUUCCAGGGAACCAGACCCUCCCCAGGCACUCUGUCUUACGCCUGACCCUGAGUCCCUUCCCUGAGACGGUACCCUCUUCACAGACACCAGUGUUUCCCAGAGGGUCGUGUUUGUACCCUUGGUGGUAUGCUAACGUUUUAGGCAGUUCAAGGACAAACACUUGUUUUAAAA